AUCUUGCUCUCAUCUUUUUUGCCUGAAGAAUAUCCACUGAUAGAGGAACGAAACGUAGCAGUACGUAUGCUUUUAAUUGGUUAUAAUUCAAGAAUUCUGCAAUCAAUAUUCUUUGUGUUUUAUAAAGUUCUCCAAGUAUUAAAUUUCCAUCAUCAGAAGUACUGCUGGCCUUUUCUUAUAUUUAUGUAUUUGAGGAAAAGCAUAAAUGUUCGUAUAAUUAACAGAGCAUAGCCUUAUAGAUAACAUAUCAGCGUAGAGAUGAUGCAGGUACUUCCAUCAAGUUCUGGAACUAAACCCACGCACUCCAUCGAAGAUAUUUUGGGUCUAGCGGGAUCAAAUGAUACAUCUGAGGGCCAAGAGACACUUGUGAGUAAGAUGUCAGAACAUUCCAAACGAAACCUGGAUUUGGCUGAUAAAGAAAAGCACAAUAAUCAUCAUCGAAGAAAAGAUAAUUCCGAUGAUUAUUUCUUGACAAAGCCACAAAAUUACACAGCAGAUGCAUCAGACGAAGUCGAGUUUGACUCCAACAUUCACGCAGAGUACAACGAGAGCAAUGCAGGCAAGGAAAAAAAGAAAAAAUACCGACGGAAUCGUACAAUAUUUUCAACGUUUCAACUUUGCGAACUUGAGAGAUCCUUCAUGAAGUCUCACUACCUAGAUGCAUACAUGCGGGAAGAAUUAGCAGCAAAACUUUGUCUUCCAAAGCUCAGAGUUCAG